CGACCACUUAAACCGCUCACAGCACAAUGUGCUGAUAAAGAUGAUGCCGACAGAGAUGCUGCCUUGGACGCGGAUGCCUUGGCGUUUACAAUGUGCAUGAGACCUUGCGUCCGCAGCUCGAGGGCCUUGCCAUUGCGAAAGCCCACCCCCUUGGCGCCCAAGUUGCAUCCUGCCACGGGCUUGCCGCUCUCGCGGACACGUGGGCAACACCUUCUACACAACCAAGGUGUGAUCUACAAGAUUGUGGAAGCCGCGGAUAUCCAAGCCUCUGAUGCUGUCUAUGAGGUGGGCUGCGGCACUGGGGAGCUCACCAUGAGGCUAUUGCCUUUGGCACGGAAGGUCUACACCGUCGACACGGAACUUCGCAUGGUGGAGGAGACCAAAUCCCGCGCUCAGAGCGGCGGUUUCCAGAACUUGGAGGCCUUGGUGGGUGAUGCCUUGCGUGUCCCUAUGCCACGGCGCUUUGAUGUUUGUGUGUCGAAUUUGCCUUACAAAAUCUCUGCGCCCAUUAUUUUCAGACUGCUCAGAAGGAUCAGUGAGGGCCAUCCCUGGAGAGCGGCGGUGCUGAUGCUCCAAAGAGAGUUUGCAGACCGCUUGCUGUCUGAUCCUGGUGAAAAAGGCUUUUCGCGCUUGGCCUUGAACGUGCGGCUGUUCGCGAAGGCGGUGCGAUUGUUCGACGUGAAGCCUGGGAGCUUCAUUCCCUCUCCGGAGAUUCACUCCACGGUGAUCCGCUUGGAGCCUCGAGUCCCUGCACCAGAGGUCGACUUCAACGAGUGGGACGCAUUGAUCCGCGUCAUCUUCUCUCGGCGGCGUAAGACUUUGAGGGCUCAGUUCAAGAAGCUGUCGACGCUAGCCAUGCUGGAGCAAAACUACAAGAUGUGGUGCUCACUCUCUGGCACAAAGCCCUCAGCCAUCCCCUUUCCGGAGCUGGUCUCAUCGGUGCUGAAAGAGGAGUCUAUGUUGCGGGAGCGUGCUUUUGCAAUGGAUCUUGACGAUCUGCAUUUGCUGCUCAAAGCCUUCAACCGCAGAGGCCACGGAGUGCUGCAGAGGCCGAGGCCGGUGUCGAGGUGUGGUGCUGUGUGUUUUCGUCUCUUUGCCACUUCAGGAUCUGGACUUUGCCACUUCAGGCUGUGAGGUUUGCGUAGAUUUGCGCGUGUCUUUUUGGUGUCUACGUCGUAUGCUUGCGAGGCAGUGGAGGAGUCGGCAGCUUCCCACAGCUCACAUCGGAUUUUCUGUAUCCGUAAGAA